UUUGGACGCUUCUGAUCCGAACAGCAGUACAAAACCGGCCUUUAAAACGUUAUUGGACUUAUUCGUGAUCAGCCAUGACGACCAAACGGCGGUUGAUCACAGACUCCUUCAAGGUGGUGAAGAAGGCACGAAGAGGAGAGAAGAAGGAGAAGAAACCACCCCCCUCACCUCCACAGAAGGAGACUGAGCCAGGUCCGCUCUCUGUCAGAGAGAUGGAACUGCAGGAGCUGAGACAGUUUGACCUGGAUUUACGUUUCGGUCCCUGCAUAGGUAUCAGUCGCAUGCAGAGGUGGGAGAGAGCGUCUCUUCAUGGGUUAAACCCUCCAGAGGAGAUCAAAGAGCUUAUGCUCACCAGAGACACAGACCCUGACUACACACACUGUCUGUGGAGUGGUUACCCCCUGUGACAAGCACCAGAGAGAGAAGAGGAUGGCUGAUAAAGCUCAAGUUUUCCUCACUCACUUUUGACUCUUUGACACUACGUUCUUUUUAAUUAAAAUACCUCUUUUGUACCAAAAAA